AUGAAAAGUCAUGGUCAAAAUCAUAACCAGCUCUCAAAAUGGCUGAACUUUUACAGUCGCAGUCAAGCUUUUCAAAUUAAAAGGGAAAAAAGAAGUGAACAACAAGUAUUUAAAGUGAUAAAACUCCGAACCUUUAUCUGUAGUGACCCUGGUUGCUACUCUGAGCUAAUACUUGCGACUCAUUUUCCUAGAAAAUUGUUUGUUAUUUCCACUUACAUACUUAGAUUUCUCAAUGACUUCGGCGAAAGUCCUAAAGCAGUUUUAUUUUUCUUCGAUAGUCUUCGAAUGAUUUUUUAAAAAAAAGGGACGUCUUCGCUCUCGUCCGCCUCAACUGCAGCAACAUGAAAACGAAUGACUAGAAAAUCCAUACUAUUCGAGGUGAAUAAACUUAACGUUGCACUAGGUCGCGGAUUGCAAAACCGAUAGAGAGUACAACACAUACAUAGACAACUACUAGUGCAUGUGCAAUUGCAACCAACGAUUGAAAAAUGCAAAAUAAAAACUUCAAACUGUUCGCUUCUUUUUCACAAUUAUACACUUGGCAAAUACAAUGCAUACGUGUAUAUGUCUAAUGCGAUUUGCGAAAUAAUCAAUGCUUCGUCUCGCCUUGCAGCCGCUAAGUGCAUACUGUUUCUUUUCAGUUUAAGAAAAUAUAUAAAAAUAACUUCUAAUGUUUUAAUUUGUUCUUGAACCGAUACCCAGAGGUAUGCUAACGAUAGAAAUAUAAAUAAAAUAUUUUGUUAUUAA